GAAUGCCUAUAAUAACUCUUGAGAGUGAGGAGAAAAGACAAUCGGAAUCAACAUGACGAUGUUCGGCAACGGUCUCUUCAUAGUUCUCCUGGCUGUCCUUGCGCCAUCACUGGGAUGUCACCCUGGACCAGAUGAGCUCCCCGACAAGCUUCAGGACCUCUUGACUCAACUGAAAGAAGCGAAGGCUGAUUUCCAGUGUAUCUUUGAUGUCACCAAUGAACAGUGCCCAUGUCAGACUCCAGGGGAUUGCUUUGAAAGUGAUCUCGAAGCCCUCAACAGCACACUUUGCGAGCUUAUCAACGAUCUCACAGCAUUGAUCGAGGAUCAACCAAUGGAUUGCCCUCCACUGGAAGGAUGUGCCGCACUUGUUGGUGGAUGCAAUUGGGAGCACAUUGAUGUGGUUGACCCAGUUGGGACGAUCCUGCCCAGUAUAGAAACGAAUUAUAAUGUCAGCGGUUUUACAGUUUGUGGAGACAAUGAAACAUAUUACUACAUCUACUACAUCUAUUGUUCGCCUCCCACGGUGAAGGAGCUGUGCCUUCCUCUGGGGACGGAAACCGUAAAAUUGGGGCCGGAUGACAAUAGUGGAAAAUAUACCGGCAUUGCUAGCUGGGAUGAUAAGUUGUAUGUCGCCAUUGAUGAUUAUAAUGGCACGGGCGACGAUGUCCUUGUGUUUCUUUAUAAAAGCUGCGAAAACCAGGUGGAUGUUAUUGUCAAUAUUUCCUGUGACGCAGGGACAGUCAGAGUUUUUGACUGGCGAGUGUACUUUACCAAUUGCAAGGAGAUCCAGUGCGUCAACGAGACAGGUGGAGAUUUGCAGACCAAACUGAAGUUUUCAAUAGACAUUAAAUCGUUUGACGUCAUUGACGAAGAAAGGAUCGUGUUUAUUGAUGAUGCUGGUGGUGUGUGGAUCUACGACAUUUCGACCAAAUGUUUCAAGCUGCUGUACUGCAUUCCGGGCAAACCAUGCGGGGACGUCAAGGUCAACCGCUGUUCCUCUUUGAUAUACCUGGCCUACCCUGGUGUCAGCGAACUCGACAUUUUCAACUCCACAACCUGUGAGAAGGUAGGAACGCUGCCGUACACCACGUCCGAUGCCAGUGACUGUCCGUAUCUCGGAUUCGAACCAGCCUGCCCAACAGAUGACGGCGGGGAUGAGACUACUACCACAUGAAGAGACCACGUCCCCCACCACUUCUGUGCUGUGAAAAGCAAGCAAGCAAUAAAAUGUGUAGAAGGCAUUGAGUCAAAUCGGUAUUCAAUAAACCUUUUGAACACGA